GGAUAAGUUGUCAGAUGAAUUCAACACCAGCUCUAAACGACGUGCAGACACUAUCAACGCGGACAAGAUCAAACAGAUGGUGGACACGGCUGUUCAAGAGGCAUGGGCGGCGCAAGCGAAGAAGGUUGACGAUGGAAAUUCGCAGCAAGCGAGCCGUGGUAAGGGAAAGGAUAACGAAGUCUCGAAGCUGACGACGGAGUUGAAGGUCCUCAAGAAGCAAAUUGAGGAUAUGCGGGCUAUGAAAUACGACAUCGCUUCCUUACAAGGAAGUCUGGCAAACUUGAAACCACCGCCGACGAGGCAGUUUAUCUCGCCAAGAAUACUGCAGGGGAAACAAAUCUCAGAAGACAUGCUGAGCGCGUUACAGAUGGAGGACCUCAAGCGGCUUUGUGCAAUGCAUAAUGUGCGCUAUAAAGGUAUGCCACAGACACGUGUGGCUUUGCGGAAGAUACCUGGUCUGAUAAUAUCUGACACAGAGGAUCUACUGGAUAAAACUGAGACUGGAGAAGAAGUGAAUGGAGGGAAUCACGAUGACGAGAAGACGGAGUAUUCAGAGUCAGAAGAAGACGAGAGUUCAUCAGAGGAGGUGGAGGUAGAGUACUCGGAAGGCCCGACCGCGACGGAAGAUGUGUAGCCAAGUGCUCGUUAGCCACCACGAUCGCAGUGCGCAAACU